AUGAAGGUCGCAUCGGCUCUCCUUGCAUCCUCCUCACUCGCUUCGGCGCUUACCUUACCAAGCUGGCAAGAUGUAGCUAGCACGGUAGAGGGCCAACUGCCUUUUACCAGUAGCGAGAAAUACCUGGUCCAGUUAUCGCCGACGGAAACACGAUGGGUGACGGAGAACGAGAAGUGGGCAUUACGUCGCGAGGGCAAGAAGUUCUUCGACGUGACGCGGCAGCACCUGCAGCCGGAACUUUUCCUGCACGAGAAGGACAGGGAGACCCGUACUGUCACCUAUCCGAAGAAGCCGGCGCAGAAUGAGACGGUAUCGGAGCUGUUGAAGGGCUUGAAGAAGGAGAAUAUGAAGGAGCAUUUGGAGACGUUUACAUCCUUUCAUACGAGGUAUUACAAAUCUGACUAUGGUCGUCAGUCAUCGGAGUGGCUGUUGGGACAGGUCAAUGAGACGCUUGCGGAUGCCGGUGUGGGCAUUGUGAGGCCUUUCGAGCACGAAUGGGGCCAGAACAGCAUUAUUGCUACGCUUCCUGGAAAGUCUGAGAAGACGAUUGUCAUUGGAGCACAUCAGGACAGCAUCAACCUCUUCCUCCCAUCGAUUCUCGCAGCGCCUGGAGCGGACGACGAUGGCUCAGGCACCGUCACUAUCUUAGAAGCCCUCCGAGUGCUUCUAAAAGACAAGGACAUCGCCCACGGCAAGGCCGAGAAUACUGUCGAGUUCCACUGGUACUCUGCAGAAGAGGGUGGGUUGCUCGGUUCGCAAGCUAUCUUUAGCUCAUACGAGAAGGAGGGUCGGGAUGUCAAGGCGAUGCUGCAGCAAGAUAUGACCGGAUAUACGCAGGGCACGAAAGACGCUGGAAAGCCCGAGAGCGUCGGUGUGAUUACCGACUUUGUCGACCCUGGCCUCACCGACUUCAUCAAGAAGGUCGUCGACACCUACUGUGACAUCCCGUAUGUUGAGACCAAGUGCGGAUAUGCUUGCUCCGAUCAUGCCUCCGCCUCCAAGGCUGGAUACCCCUCUUCGUUCGUCAUUGAGUCGAGCUUCGCUGACAGCGACAAGAAGAUUCAUACUUCGGACGACAAGAUUGAGUACCUCGACUUCGACCAUAUGCUGCAGCACGCCCGAUUGACGCUUGGUCUUGCGUACGAGCUGGCGUUUGCAAAGUUCGACUAA